AUGAGAAGCGGGUUUCUGCUAAGAGAAAGAGGCGGGAAGGGGGCUUGCAGGAGAGAGGAAGAGAGAAGUGGGAGGUGUGGGGAGGGAGAGAGUCGUACAAGAGGGGAGCAGGGGAGAGGCGGGGAGGAGGGAAGGAGCAGGGGGGAAGGAGCAGGGGGGAAGCGGGCAGGAAGGAGUGAGCAAGGGGAAGCGGGAGGGAACAGAGGAGAGGCGGGAGGCGUGCAGGAGGGAGAGAAGCGGGAGGGAGCAGGGGAGAGGCGGGAGGCGUGCAGGAGGGAGGGAAGGAGGCCUCGGCCAGCAGCCUGGGCGGCCAAGGGGCUUGUGGGUAGCGGGCGGCGGGCGCGGGAAAGCCCGGAGCGCCGCGUGGGGGGCGCGGGCUCCGGGCUGCAGCUGGCCGGCAGCUCGCUGCCUGGGGCGGGCAGGAUGAGCGGGACGCGCGCGAGGCCGCGGGGCGGAGCCCCCGAGGCUGAGCCGAAGAACCGGGCAGAGGCUGCAUGCCACAGGCCCCGCGGCUCCCCGCGGGUCCUGGACGAGGAGAGCGAGAGCGACCUGCUACCAGAAAUAAAAAAUAAUUUAGAAGAACACAUUCCCAGGAAAAAAGUAUCAAAAACCCGUUAUAAUGCAUCUCUGUGUUAUUACACUCGAAAAUUUAUGGACCUUCUUAAAUCUUCACCUGAUGGUGUUCUUCAUUUAAAAGAAGUUGCUGCAGUAUUAGGAGUAGGGAAACGGAGAGUAUAUGACAUCACCAAUGUAUUACAUGGAAUAGAACUCAUUCAGAAAAAAUCUAAGAACUGUAUUCAGUGGAUAACUCUCUAACAGUACAUAUAAAAAGCACAAAAGGACCCAUUGAUGUGUAUUUGUGUGAAAUGAAACAAGACAGCACAACUGACAGCUUGUAUGAAGACACGGAACCUUAAUUUUCUGAAAGAAAUCAGUAAACAUCGAUAAAGAAGGAAAUCUGCUGCAGUUUGAGUCAAGUAGGAAAUCACUUACACCAACUUGAACAGGUAAACUCCUGGAGCAUUUGAUUAGAUUCACUUGACAAGUUUGUUUGAAUACAAGAGAUGGUUAAAUUCACAUUUCCAGUUUCAAACUAGGAGCAAUAAUUUGACAAUGGUGGAUUCCUUUGCCUAGCUGAAAUCAACUAUGGCCAAGUCAUGUCUUAAGUGGGUCACUUGUAUGCAAUGUCAUCAGCCUAUUGACUUUUUCUUAUGGAAAAUAGCUCCAUCUGUAAAUAUUUGUGAAAAUUCAGUUUAUCAGUGAAGCAGUUCAGCAAUCUAGCAGCACCUUUCCUACCAAAAUAAAUAAAAAUAAUUUCUUUUCAGAAAACAAAUUUGUAAUGAUGUCUAAAGCAUAAGCAUAAACCUGAAGUUCAAGAAAUUGGUUUUUGUGAACUUCCUUUAUUAUGAAGAUUAUGUAAAACACCCUAGUUGAAAUGGUGCCUUACACAAUUGAUUUGUUUGUAUAUAGUUGUUUAAAUAAUGAACGUAUGUACAAUAAAAGUGAUAGCAGGUACCUGUUUGCAUUUGUAUAAUGUUUAAAUAACUCACAAAAUAUGAAGUAUUCCUAGAGUUUUCACAUUGUACAGCAAAAAAUAAAAUAUAAAUAAGAAAAAUGAUCUCUAUGUUGCAUUUAAUUUCCUAAGCAUUUCAAAUUUCUUAAUACCAUAUUCAACAUCUUUUAAUGUAUGAAUGAAAAAGCUUUAUUAAACACUUAGAAUGUGGUUAGCACUCAGCUUAUAAGUACAAAAGUGAAGAUAGUCUUUGCUCUUAAUGAACUUAUAUUUCAAUACAAGAACACAUAGACAGGCAGCUAGGCAGCACAGGGGAUAGAGUGAUGGACUUGAAAUCAGAAAGAUGUCUUUGUGGGUUCAAAUCUGGCUUCAGACACUUAAAAGCUGUGUGACCCUGGGCGAGUCACUUAACCCUGUUUGCCUCAGUUUAUUCAUCUGUAAAGUGAACUGGAGAAGGAAAUGGCAAACCACUUCAGUCUCUUUGCCAAGAGAACCCAGAAAGGCUUAGAGGAGUCAGAUAUAACUGAAAAUCUGAACAAAUCCCCCAAAACAAGGGGAAGUAGUAGGCAGGGAGGAGUGAUUAACUUUGAAGUUUUUAUUAUGGUGAAUAAAUCCAUUGGGGUGUGGACUGACCCCCCUUUUACAGUAGCAAUAGCAGUAUUGAUUAUGGUUCUAGAACUAUUAAGGGGGGAGGAGAGUGGGUGGUAGGGUAGCAGACAAUAUAUGUGGCAGAGAGGCAAAGAAGAUGAUCAGGGAAUAGAGAUAAGCUUGGUCCUCUUAGACAUCAUUUAAUAAAGAAGCCUUCUAUGUGCCUGGAACUUUUCUAGGUCUGGGGAUACAAAUACUAAAAAGGGAAACAAUUUCUGCUCUCAAGGAUCUCUGGAAUCCCAGAAUGGGAGUUCUGUGGUGAAAGGGCUAAGUCCUUCAGGCCAUACUUUCUGCCCCAGGUGAGGAGGUGAGUAAAGUGAAACACUUUUAGAGUCUUCUUAGAUAAAGAGAGCUAAGUGAAGUCCUCACCAAUCAAGACAGGCCUUCUUUCUCCAGGGCACAGUAUAAAAUGUUACUAAUGAAAUUUUCCCCUUUUUCUUUAUCUCUCUUCAAUUGUAUGGUGCCCAACUUACAAGUGUGAAAUUUUGUCCUCAACCCUUUUCUUUCUACCCUUUCUCAGUUGGCAACUUCACUCAAUUCUCAUAUCUUUAGCUAUCUAUUCUAUAUGUAGAUGACUCCCAGGGAAAGAGUAUCUGGGAAAUGUUAUCUAAUGAGAGGAUACUGUAGCAUGGAUAAUGCCUAAUUGAAGUUACUUUUAAGGAGAUGCUUGGUAAAAGGUAGCCAAGAGUAGCCAAAAUGGUAGCCAAGUAAGCUGUUCACCCCAAGAGGCUUCUGGGAGAUGUACUCCAGGAAAGCAAAUAGAAGUCCUGAAUAUUCUGAAUUGUGGGUGUAGGGCAAGUAUGAAAAAUGGUGAUGUAAAUGAGGACUUGUGGGGAAGCAGCCAAAAUGAAUUGUGGUGCUGAGAGUAAAGUCCAGGAUAAAGUAGAGAGCUGGACUGUCAGGUGGAGCGAUAGGCAGGUUCUGAGGAGCCGACGUAUGAGGAAUAAAGCUAAGCUGAAAAUGAACUUUGCCCAAUUAGUUUAUACCAUAAGUGAACUCCGCUUUUCUGUGACAGCUGUUGUUUCCUCAAACCCCAGGCUUUGAUAUGAUGGAUUGUCUGUGAAGACUAUGGAUGAUGCAGUACUAAUGAUAAUAGUAACAUUUUUUUAGCUCUUAUAGGUUUACUUCAUUUUUUCUUAACAACUGCUUUGUAUGCAGUAGCAUUAUUCCCAUUUUAUAGAUGAGGAAAGUGAAGCUCUUAGAGACCAAAUGACUUGCUAUUGGUCACACAGAUAAUGUCAGGAUUAGGAUCUGAACUGAGGUCUCCUAAUUCUAAAUGUAAAGUUUGUCUGUCACAUUGUGUCUAAUUCUCUGUUAUCCCAAAAUAUUAAUUUGUAUCCAUCUUUUUAAACAGUUUUGUUGUAUCUGUAACAGCUUAUGUCUAAAAUUCUGUUAGUGACAUUUUUGAUUUGUGUCUCUUAUGAACUCUGAUGUUAUUGUUUAAUGUUUUCCUUAAGUUUAUGUACUCUGGUGUUAUAUGAUGUUUUUCUUAAAAUUUAUGUACUCUAGUGUUAUUAUAUGAUGUUUUUCUUAAAGUUUAUGUACUUUGGUGCUAUUGUAUGUUUUCUCAAAGUUUAUAGUAAAAGUAUUAAAUUGAAAUGUUACUAAGAUUU